AGCCCCACCAAACGCGCUAGCGUGGCCUCACACGAGUCAGUCACUGACACCUCCACCACCCACAAGCAUCACCACCAACCGCCCUAUAACAUAUAACCCGGCAAAGCCUCUUCUCAAAUUUUGUACCCGGUCUUCUUAGGUCCCCGUCCACUCAACCUUCCUCAAAAUGCAGAUCAAAGUGCGAACACUGACAGGGAAAGAGAUCGAACUCGACAUCGACUCAACCGACAAAGUAACGCGCAUCAAGGAGCGCGUGGAGGAGAAGGAGGGCAUCCCACCGAUGCAGCAGCGAUUGAUCUACGGAGGGAAGCAGAUGGCCGAUGACAAGACAGCCGCAGAGUACAGCCUCGAAGGCGGCGCGACACUGCAUCUGGUUCUUGCGCUCAGAGGUGGCUGCUCGCAAUGAUGUCUGCUCUGACCGUCGCGUACACCGGCAACCUUACGGGUCGAGGCAGUGAUAAGCAAAAGUCAGGCAAGGCGAGCGAGUAUCAGUUCGACAAGAUCACUGCGUCAUGAGCGGGCGGUUUUUCAAUCAACCAGGAAGAGGCGGCCGGGCACGGCGAGACGAAAACAAAUCGACCAUGCAUUACGAGGGACCGGCGUUGCACUUGAGGGCGGCGCGACGCA